AUGACUCAAGAUAACUCUUAUCCUAGCGAAGAUGCUGUCAAAUUUGCCACCUUCGGGCCAAAGAUUGACGCCUACAACAAGGAUGCGGUUGACCAGAUGCAGGCAUUUGAUCCAGAGUUCUACAAAAAAUGUACGGCAGCGAUUCCAUCGGCAGAGGUGCUGGACUCAGAUCCUGUUGAUGCCACCAAAUUCUGGAAUUUGCUGUCGUCCGAGGAACAAAAUAUAGUGGGGAACCUAACUAUUGCCGAUCUCACCCAAAAACAGCUGUCCGGCGAACUCACAGCGCUGCAGAUUACCGAGGCUUAUAUCAAAGCAGCUAUUGUAGCGCAACUUGCUACAAACUGUGUGAUGCAAUUUUUGAUCCCAGAAGCCCUACAAAGAGCAAGGGAGCUUGACCAGUAUUUGAAGGACACCCAGAAACUUGUGGGCCCAUUGCACGGAGUAGUGGUGUCAUUGAAGGAGCACAUGAACUACAAGAAUAAAAUGACUACGGCGUCUUACGUGGCCUACAUGGAUAAUUUCCCAGAAAACGAAGCUGUGUCUAUCACCAUCUUGAACAAAUUGGGUGCCGUCUUCCACACCCGGACGGCGCAGCCUCAAGGUAUCAUGCAUCUGGAUACGUGGAAUAACAUCACCGGAAGAACCAGAAAUCCUCUCUCCACACGUUUGUCGCCAGGCGGGUCCUCCGGUGGUGAAUCCGCGAUUGUGGCUAUGCACGGUUCAGUUGUGGGUCACGGUAGUGAUAUCGGCGGUAGCGUUCGCGCGCCAGCUGCUUUCACUAACUUAUUCGGUUUGAGACCAACCACUAGGCGUUUGUCGUUGAUGAACGGCUUGUCUAGCGGUAAGGGCCAAGAAUCGAUUGUGGCUGUUCAAGGACCUCUGGCAAGAUCUAUUGAUGAAUUAGACAGCUACAUGAAGGCUUAUAUCAACGAGGGAAAGCCAUGGCUAUAUGAUCCUAUGUGCGUCCCAAUCGAAUGGCGCAAAGAACAAUUGCCAGCAAAAAUCAAGAUUGGUGUUCUGUAUGAUGAUAACUUGGUAACUCCCUUCCCUGCUGUUUCGAGAGGUGUUCGUGAGACCGUGGCCAAACUUUCGAAGUGUCCAGACAUCGAGAUCGUUGAGCUAAACCCCACAUGGUACUCUGAGAAAGAAAUGUUCGAUAUUUAUACCGCCAACCUAAAACUAUACACCUGCGAUGGAAACAAAGUGCAGCUAUCCAUGUGGGCCCCAAGCGGCGAGCCAUUAUUGCCUCUCACCAAGCAUUAUAUGAAAUUUGGUGGCGGUGAAGAGCUCUCCGUCUGCGGUAACAAGGAGUUGAAUGGAAUGAGAGAUGCCUUGAGAGUUGAAAUGUUGCAGAAGUACUUUUCAGAUCUUGAUUUCAUACUUUCGCCAACUUACAAUGGGCCAGCUGAGAUUCCAGGCCAGUCGCUCUACUGGGGGUACACGUCCUUCUGGAAUCUAUUGGACUACCCCAACGUUGUGUUCCCAGCAGGAGUUUACCACGAUGUGGAGAAAGAUGCUGUUGUUCCUGAGCUAAAAAAUAACGCUUACGAGAAAAUGGUCUGGUGUGACGACAAGGGAGGUAUCAAAUACAACGCAGAGAGUUACGUUGGGGGUCCCGUUGCCCUUCAGCUCACCGGUAAACGCUAUUGCGAUGAGGAUGUUGUUGCUGCUACUAAGAAGAUUGUAUCAAUCCUAGGUAUUGAAAGACGCUAG